AUGACAGAGGACUUAACACAACUCGGUAUAACUUCCAGCGGCCUUGAACGUGCCACGGCUGUCCACAAGAAACCUAUUUCGUGCGAAAGAAUCGCCAGCGGUUGCCGGGUUCUCUCUUUCCUGCAACACAGGGCAAUGAUAGAUCGUGGCAUCGACUUGUUUUUCCAAUCUACCGAAUGUAUCCACAUUCAUUGCGGCGAGUUCAUUGUGAGACAGUGGUUAUCACAGUUGUGGUUUGCCCAUGGCGAGAUUUUGUUAAGUCAGAAUCCCGAGCAGAUACGGCAGCUAUGUCGUUUGCUCUGUGAGAACACGGCGACACCACAAGUGUUUGAUGGCUGCACCACAGCAAGGCAAUGGAUUUCCUCUGCCACAGGCAAACACAUACGCUGGGGAGUGAUCGCCAUGAUCGCUAACUACCUGGGGACAUAUGCAAUGGUAACAAAUUCAUCGGAUCCAUUUUUCCAGGAAUUCAACGUGGAUCGAAAAUCACUAUUGGAUCACAUCGUUGAAGUUUCAGAUGUAUGCAUCGGGUUUUGUCGAGAAAUCGGCGCUUUGGAUGAUGCAUACAUCUGGGCCCUUUUCGAGCACUACAACAUCACCAAAUAUACAAAGGGAGAAGCUUGUUAUACACCUUACUGUUUCGGUGCUGAAGUGAAUAGCGCCUUUGUUGCGAUGGGUCUUCACCAGGAGAUCAAAGCCGAUAGUCAAGUUCCUUUUUUCCUCGCUGAGCUACGAAAACGACUUAGAGCAAUGAUCUACACAGCAGAGAUCAGCAUAGCUACGUUUCUGGGUCGGCCACCGCGACUCUCGCAUCGUUAUAUUAACUUAGAGCCGCCACUAGAUCUGACGGACUCACAGUUAUUUUCGGAAGAUCAAGAGGAACUAUCCGUCUCCAUCGCCCAACUGGACGAGCAAGGUUAUAACCGAGAUGGAGAGAUAAGUCAUGUUUCUUGGAUACGGUCUUCUAUCAAUUUCAUGGCAAGGAGAGAGGACAUUUUGGAGCUGUCAUUAGGGAACCUCACUCCAGACGAGGUGCUGCAAAAUGCAGAUAUUAUUCAACGCAAAACGGAGGAACAUUGGGGAGCUCUUCCGCAAGUUAUGUUGAAUUUGAGAGAUGGGAUAUGUGGGCUCGAAAACCAAAGGGUCAACGAGUUACACUUUCAGAACGUCUUUCGUCAAGGCCCGCAGGCGAAUUCACUUCUACUGCACCGCGUACUCAUGCGCAAAGCGGGUAUGGGCCCCGCAGGAUUGAUAAAUAUGGCACGGACAAUCCUGAGUGAUGUGAUGGGACUGUACAAACGUGUCGAAAUGUCGGCAGCAACAUCAUUCAUCUACUUCCUAGCAGUACAUGGACUUCGCAGUGCGGUUAUAUUGGCGAUAGAACUCCUGAAGCAGGAACAACUCCCAGUGUAUCCCAACGAGCCGCUUCUGCCUCGAAGCAGGACAAUUCAGGAUCUCUGUAUCUUCACAACUCAGCUGAGCGAUUUGGAUCCAAUGUUUGGAGAUAGAGAACUUUGCGAAAAGGGCCGAAAGCUGAUUUCUCGGAUCCUUGAUAAGAUCCUGAGUCCUUUGAAUACCGCGGAUAGGCUUGGCCAAAUUUCUUCUGCACCAAGACAGCAGCCCGGUACCAACACUUUCACAAACAAUACGGUUCACAACGCAUAUAGGCUAGAUGGAUACUUGACGGAUGGUCUCAAUUAUGAUCUGAGUGCGCCUGUUUUAGGUCCAGAUCAUGCAUUCAGGCUGUGGCUGGAGAACGUUGAUGGCCAGGAUUGGAUACUGUAG